AUGGGGGGCAUCCGCGAGUCAUUCGCAGCGCCACCUCUUCGUCCCAGCGUAAAGCACUCCAAGACGUUCUCUUCCGCACCUACAAGCAUCCGUGUCAAGGAGGCGGUUCGGCCUCGUCAUCGUUCCACGAUGUUAACCGGCCCUAUUGACAAGCCUUGGUUGACGAGGAAGGAUACAGUUGGCAGAGUAGCGUACUUCAUCACUAUUGGUAUCAUCUUCUUGGGUGUGGUAGCAAGCGCGUUACGAUGCUGGUCGGACUGGAGAGGCGUCAAGACGAUCGGCAACCUAUGCCUUGUUCUCGAGGAUCAAUUCGAGAGCAGUGAUUUGGACACUACAUCUGUCUGGCAGAGGGAAGGGGACAUGGGUGGCUUCGGGAACGGGGAGUUCGAGAUGGCGACUGCGAGCACCAACAACUCGUUCAUCAAAAACAACAACCUUUACAUCCUCCCUACCCUCACCUCGGACGUCAUAGGUCGCGACGCUAUCUUUGACGGAUACACAUACAACCUUACUGGAUGUACGAAUACGAAUCUGACAGCUUGCGGGGCGGUCAGUAACCAGACGACUGGGACGGUCAUCAAUCCUGUCAUGAGCGCUCGUAUCUCCACAAAGGGCAAGAAGAGCAUUCGGUAUGGAAGAGUCGAGGUCAGAGCGAAGAUUCCCACCGGAGAUUGGAUGUGGCCGGCUAUCUGGAUGCUUCCGGAAAACGACACCUACGGCCCAUGGCCCAUGAGCGGUGAGAUUGAUAUCAUGGAGGCUCGAGGAAAUGGACCUUCCUAUCCGGCUCAAGGGACGAACUACGUCCGGGGUUCGCUCAAUUGGGGUCCGGUUACAUGGCUGAACGCCGUUUCCAAGACCUUUGGAUGGUGGACUGUGCGCCGUGCUUCAUUCGAUCAAGGCUUUCACACCUACGCGCUAGAAUGGACUGACAAGUUCCUGAGGAUCUACGUUGAUAAUCGUCUGCAACACAUGCUCGAGCUCAGCUUCAAUAUCCCCUUCUUCCAGCGUGGCGAUUUCCCUGCGUCGGUGACCAACGCCUCUUCCGAGAUCAUUCUUCAAAAUCCAUGGGCCAACUCUGGCAACUCUGCCCCUUUUGACCAGCCGUUCUAUUUAAUUCUUGACGUCGCUAUCGGCGGCACGAAUGGGUGGUUCCCUGACGCUGCCGGAAACAAGCCUUGGUUGAACGGAGAGCUUGAUGCGAUGCGCAAGUUCGCCCUCACACAGGACGACUGGUCUUCCACCUGGCCGACUGAUGAAGACCAAAGGGCUAUGGUUGUCGACUAUGUGAAGAUGUGGCAACUCUGCUGA